CCAAUAAAUCAAUAAUCCCCUCUCUCUCUCUCUCCUCCGAACACCCGCGUCUUCUCCAACUCACCACUCUCUCUCUCUCUAGAUUUUUCCCCCUUUUCCCAAUCAAAUCACAGCAAAGCAAACCUUCAUAUCCUCUCUUUCUCUCUCUGGCAAUGUCGCACUUUCUUUCUCUCUCCUCUUAAACCACUUCACUUUCUCUCUCCUCCUUAUAAAUGUCUCUUCUUCCCUAAAAUCUCAUAUCUUGUUUCUCUCAAUGCUACUCUCUCACUUCGAUCUGGUUGUAAAAGUGAGAGCUGACAGAUGUUGAAACAUAGCUUAAAAUGAGCCAGACAGAAGUAUCUAGAGCGGAGCCUCCUCUUGUUCCGCUUGGGACACUGAUUGGUCGUGAACUUAGGUCGGAGAAGGUUGAGAAACCGAUAAUUAGGUAUGGACAAGCGGCUUUAGCCAAGAAAGGGGAGGAUUAUUUUCUAAUAAAGACUGAUGCCAGAAUUCCAGGAGAUCCGUCAACAUCUUUUUCAGUUUUUGGGAUAUUCGAUGGUCAUAAUGGGAUAUCAGCUGCUAUAUUCACGAAGGAGAACUUGUUGAACAAUGUUCUAUGUGCAGUUCCAGAAGGUGCUAGUAGGGAAGAGUGGCUUCAGGCACUUCCUCAGGCCCUGGUUGCUGGGUUUGUCAAAACUGACAUUGAGUUCCAGCAAAAAGGUGAAAGUUCUGGGACAACAGUUACUUUUGUUGUGAUAGACGGGUGGACUGUGACUGUCGCAUCUGUUGGGGAUUCUAGAUGCAUACUGGACACACAAGGUGGUGUUGUUACUCUCUUGACAGUGGAUCAUCGCUUGGAGGAAAAUGAAGAAGAGAGGACACGUGUGACAGCUAGUGGGGGUGAAGUUGGACGGCUCAAUGUGUUUGGGGGAAACGAGGUUGGUCCACUCCGCUGUUGGCCAGGAGGAUUGUGCCUUUCUAGGUCAAUUGGUGAUACGGACGUAGGGGAGUUUAUUGUCCCUGUACCACAUGUUAAACAAGUGAAACUCUCUGAUGCUGGUGGAAGACUUGUUAUUGCUUCUGAUGGUAUCUGGGAUACUUUAUCGUCUGAUGCUGCUGCAAAAGCUUGUCGAGGACUUCCAGCUGAUCUUGCCGCAAAGUUGGUUGUUAAGGAAGCCUUAAGGUCAAGGGGUCUGAAGGAUGAUACAACUUGCUUAGUUGUUGACAUUAUUCCAUCUGUGCAUCCUGUCUUACCUCCACUGCCACAAAAGAAGCACCACGGACUGAGCGGACUGAUAUUUGGAAAGAAAUCUCACAAUCUAGCAAGCAAAUCAUCAAAGCUUUCUGCUGUGGGAGCUGUGGAGGAGUUAUUUGAAGAGGGUUCUGCUAUGCUUGAAGAAAGGCUGGGGAAGGAUUUUCCCAUGAACCCUGAGUCUGGCCUUUUCAGAUGCGCAAUCUGCCAGGUGGAUCAACCAACAAAUGAAGGUUUAUCUCUAAAUUCUGGGACAUUUUUUUCGCCCUCGUCAAAGCCAUGGGAGGGGCCUUUCCUUUGUGCUAACUGCCGAAGGAAGAAAGAUGCCAUGGAAGGAAAGAGGCCGAUUAAACCUACAAUUUCCAUCUAACAAUUAAUCUGGUGAUAUAAUCAAUUGUUUAUAUAUUCUUUCUUUUUUUUUUGUCUGGGAAGUGUGAGCAUGUUUUUGUCUCUCCAUCGUGUGUCUUGUAGAUGUGUGUAAGAAGUGAGAUACAGAAUGGAAGAAAGUUUAGUAGUUGAUUUUUCCCCAGACUUCAUUUUAACAUGUCGUGUUAGGUUACGAAUUUCUGCUCCGGUUUUGGAUGUACUGACAAAGAGACUUGACUGUUGUCUGAUCAUGUAUGUGAAAUUAGAUCGUUAGUUAACAACUUUCAUAUGUAAGUAAAUCAGUGAAUGAUAGCAAAUUGUAUGGUAAGUUCUUUGGUCUUUA